AUUGGAGCAUAAUUGGUCUCUCUGGCUCUGGGUUGGGUUCAGGUGAUACAAAGGGCUCUUUUUUUUUUUUUUUUUUUAAUCUGUCACCUGAAGAGGAGCACACUCCCAUGGGGUAUGUUACCUGGCAACCACAAGGCCCCGCCCACCACGGCCAGUGGAUUCACCUGAGCUCGAGCCCACGUGACCAGACACCCUGAGCAGUUCAUCCAAUCAGGAGUGAGGACAGGUGCCUCCUCGAGCAGAGUUUCGGAGGCGGAAACCUGCUGGUCCGGUGGAAGAAAAGCCGCUCCUUAUAAAUGUGUCAAUUCAUUUAUUCUGUUCUCAAGAAUUGCAGGAGAAGAGUUGGAGAUAUUUGACAGGGAGCAAACAGGUGAACAACUUUUUGUGAGGUGGGAGAUGUGAGGAGGCAGGACACCUGGGCUCGUGCGUAAAAUGGAUACUGCUGCUGCUGAGACCCCCUGAAGGACUGCUGCUGUCACAGGUGAAGAAGAGGAAGAAGAAGACAUCGACCAGUCCUGCGCAUUUAUAUCCCAAGAACAAACAAAAGUGACAUUUACACUUUGCUUUGGGUCCUUUUAAGUGUCCUCACUAAACUACACUACUGUUGCUCAGUUCCCUCCCUCCAGUCGAAGAUGGGAGACAGGAUCCCAUGGUGGAAGGCAUUCCUGCCCAAGAGGAAGACCGGAGGCCCCAAGGACCUCAGCGCACCCCAGGCCAUUGACCAUGACUUUGACCCUUUUGCGCAGCAGCCCGAGAAGCAAAAAGACCCCAAGGCCGCCGGCGCCCAGUCCCCGUCUCAGGAAGAGUCCAACAAGAGCUCCAGCCUCGUCAGCGACGACACCUACGACGACUCCCGCCUGGAGUCGGUCUUCAACGAGCAGACAUGUCGCAGGAACAUGAAUGUGUCGCGCUCGGGUCGGUUUAAGGAGAAGCGGAGGCAGCGCUCGAGCCUUCCCAUACAGGAGAAAGUGACAGAGAACGCGGUGUCAGGGAGAGAGGACAUGCGGUGACGGCGAGGAGGAGGAGGAGGAGGAAGAGGAGACGAUCAUAGACUGUUUUAUCAAAAGAUGCUUGAAGAUGAAGGAGAGGGUACAUGAAGAAGAAGGAGAGGGUACAUGAAGAUGCCUCAUUCUCCUGAGGCAUACCAAGAGGUCUGAUGUAUGUUGGUUACGAUGGUAAUGAUGAAGAUGACAAGGAGCAUUCAACUUUUAGCCCAUGAAUACUGCAGGGAUGAGGUUAUGUGGUGCAUGAAAUAUUGGAAAUUUGGACAUUUUUUAUUGAUGAACUUGUGCCAGAAGGCCACAGAAACAAUGAAAUGGAUUUUAUUUGUUCUUUAUGAUGGUUAUCAAACCAUUUCGCCAACAAUAUCCCAUAAUCAAAGCUCAAAAGAAGAGAUACAGUACUAUUGCUGUUAGCACUUAAGAGCCCAAUAUGUAGUUAAUGUCCCUGUUUCAGUCACGGACAGUGUCGUCAUUGGACAACACCUAAAAUGACAUACAACCUUUUAAGAAAGCGCAAUUCUUGAAUGCAAUUUUCUGUCAAUACUCAAGAUUAAGUGUGAUAUGCUCCAGGAAAAUGUCAAUAAGAUGUUUACAUUAUUUCUAUAAUAAGAAUAAUAUAUGUUUAAUAAUGAAGGAUAAUGCUUCUUUUACAAAAAAAAUAUUGAUUCUAAAGGGUUAGAAGGAUGUUUGUGAAGGUGUGAAAUGAUUUCAUUAUUAUGUGUGAAAAAGAAAUCAGUUAGAAGAAAUUAAGGAACGCUUGUGAGCAACUUUUUAGUCAGAUGCACAACACUUGCCAGCAAAAAUGCAUAAAAUACGUUGAAUGAAGGAUGAAAUCCAGCAUGUUUUUAUUACAUAAUGAAGUAAGAAGUCAUGAUAUCCAGCUGAAGGAGAUAUAUGGCCGUGUAGCUAAGGAAGUAUGAUCCAGAUGUAGUUUGCUACUGUAUUUUGGACCACCUGUGAAUACUUAAAUGAAGGCAAAAUAUGAGAAAUAAAUCUGCUACAAGUAAUAGUA